AUGCGCAUUCCCUUGCAGCAGCGCCAGCAGCUCCAAGCCCGCCAGGACGACGGGUCAAGUAACCACCUCCAGGUCGAGACCAUCGUGGCGGUUGUCUUGAUUCUCGCUAUAAUUUGGAUCCUUACAGCCUUCUACUUCAUACGGCGUCUUCGCAUUAACAACUGUGCACCUAAGUUACUCCCCGGGAAAUUUCUAAAGCGGAAAUGGAACGAAUGGACUCCCGGAACGUCACGACGGUAUGGACAGGUCCCGAAUGGAGUGUGCAACCGCGACGAGGAUACGACCUACAAUGGAGCCGCCUCGGAAGAGCCGGGUACGAACUCGAACGCUCCUCAGCGGAUGACGUCCAUCCGUUCCAUCAUCACGCUUCCUGCUUACUCGCCUGUCCCUAAGCCAACGGAGCAGGUCAUCGCUCGAGAAGGGGAGCGUGGAGGCAUGGAUGUUGUUGUCGAGUUUCCCGAAACGGCUGAAGAGGAAGAGAUGCGCCGGGAAGAGGAAAUGGAAGCAUUGUAUCAGAUCCGCCUCCGACGACGACAGGAGAUCGCAGAGCGGGAAGAGCGUAGACGGCAACGCCAGGAGGCCCGUGCCCGGGGUGACUAUGAGCGACUGGAGCAGCUCAGUCGCGAAAGUAGGGCUGCCCGGAAUCAGAGCACAGCAGCGGCCAUGCUGGCAGAGCAUCAGUCUCGCGGGCGUGAAAGGCGUGUCUCAGCCGUCUCCUAUGCCGACCUGGGCCAUGUCCGGCACGAUGGCUCCCGCAUUCGCGCCUGUUCAGCCGAUUCUGACCAACGCCCCUUGCUCGACUCCGUGUCGGCGAUCGGGACGGACGCCAGCAAUUCGAUUCGAUCGCAACCUGCUAUCUCUCAUGUGUCCACCCAGAUUGGCCCAGACGAUGGCGACGUUGGCAUGUCUCAGAUCCCCCCUCCGGACUACGACGAAAUCGACUGGGGCGAGGCACCACCGUACGAAAGUCCGGUGGCAGAUCGCGAAGAGGACACUCCACGUCUGCCGACGAUCGAGCGCUUACCAACCAUCCGCAUCGACUUGGCGAGUCCGCUGAGCAGUUCAGCAAAUACACCUGCACCCAACUCACCAGUGAGCGCUGGUCAGACGCAAUCAGAGUCAUCGGACGCCACCCCUCAUUCCCCAUCUUCGCAUCCGUAG